AUGAACGUUAAAAAAUCAACCAAAUAUAAAAUUCCGCUCUUUAAAGUACCAUUUCCACCAGAACUGACAGUUGAAGAAAUCUUGAACAGUAGGUCUGAAGAUAAACUUAAAUCGAGGGCACCCAACAGAUACCUCAUAUACAGACUCGCUUUCCUUAAAGAACUUAGAAAGAGAACUGAUGACAAUGUGUCUAUGACGAAAAUAUCAUCUCAUAUUAGUUCGAUGUGGUUCAAUGAAACGACCGCAAUAAGAGAUGCUUACAAGAAUCUAUCUGAACAAGUAGAAAAUCGGCUAACAGAAAUAAGGCAGAAAGAAAAUUUAGUUUUCAUCAAUAAAGAUAACUCACCUUCCGGAAUUACCGAUAACAAUCAAUGUAGUUAA